CAGUCCAGGUGUAGAGGAUCGCAUCCCAAGUCAUCAGUCAUGAAGGUUUUUGUGGCCAUAGCGUUUCUUCAGGUUUGCCACCUUGGACUAGGUAUCGAAAUGCCACCUUACAAUGUCACAAGCUCUACGGAUACUUACGAGGAGCGUGUGUACCCCGCAAGAAAAUGGGUGUCGAGUUUCCAAAGUGGUUCCGACAGUGACCUCUUCAACAAACUGUUCAAUUACAUCGAUGGUCAAAAUGAAGCUGGGAUAAAGGUCGACAUGACAGCUCCCGUGACAACGCUCUUCGUCCCGUGUCAAGGCCUUCGAUGUGCUACCAACUACACCAUGAGCUUCUACGUCCCCGCCGCCCACCAGGACAGCCCGCCCACGCCCACCAACCCUGACGUGUACAUCGAAGACCGACCUGAACUACACGUCUUCUCCAGGCGGUUCCACGGGUUCGCCAGCCACAAGGACUACUUCGACAACGCCGCGCAGCUUCACGACGACCUGGUGGCAGCCGGCGAGGAGGGCGUCGAAUAUGACACUUUCUACGCCGUGGGUUACGACUCUCCCUUCGUCAUCGUCGGCCGGAAUAACGAGGUUUGGUUCGUCAAGAAGUGAGGGAAGUCAGCCCAAUGGAAGCUGGUGUAUUUAUUUGUGUUAUUUAUUUGUUUGUUUUAUUGUGAUAUAUUUGUCUGUAAUGGUUGGUUUGGAAUAAAUAUAUAGAGAUGCUGGAAUAGCAAGGAUAUUUCUUUGUGUAUUUAUUUGCGUUUUUUGUGGUCUUGGUUUAUGAUUGGUGAUGACUUGAGGUUGUGAUUGAUGACUUAUGUGUAUGAUUGGUGAUGAUGAUAUAAAGUUUUGUUUGAGGAAAUAAACAAACUCUUGGAAAGAAUUCCGAACUGCGAAUAAUGCAGUUGGUUGUAUGUAAGUAAUA